AUGGACGACAGGAUUAAAAUCGAUGUUUUUGGACAAAUGUAUGCUGUUCCUAGGGAAAUUAUUGAAAAUGGACCAUCAUCGCGAUUGAGGAGAAUGUAUAAAACGGGUUCGUCCGUUUCUAAGUCUGAGUGCAUCGUAAUAAAUAGACCAGCUGAAAGUUUUGCCGCAAUUCUUGGGUUUUAUCAAACUGGUGAACUGCAUAUUCCGACGACGUCAUGCCCGGGAGCGUUCAUGAAAGAGUUGGAAUACUGGGAAAUCACACCGGAUGUAGUUUCAGAUUGCUGUUACAACAGACUACAGAGUUUUAUUGAUGAACAGGAUACACUGAGGCAAUUCAAACAAGUCUCUGAAGAUAGAUCUUGGAGUGAAUCGCCACUCGACUCGUACAGAUGUAUGAGAAGAAUACGCGCUAAAAUGUGGGAGAUUGUCGAUUACACAAAACCUUCUCUUUUGGGAAAAAUAUACUUCGGUUUGACGCUACUGAUGAUAUUGCUUUCAAUAUUCACGUUGGCAUACAGCACGGAUCCAGGUUUCCAACGCGCGAUGACCAACUGCGAGCGUCUGGAGUACAUGAAAUCAUCUGACAUAGAAGGCUAUGAGAUGAUGAAGCCUUAUCUUGAGGAGAAGUGUGACGACGAAUUUCUACCGAUGCCAAAUGAAACUGUUUCAGACAGUUUUUCCCUUCAAUCUGAUAACGAAACUAAUCCUGAAAGUGAUUUUAAAGUAUACGUAUUUAAAGUCAUACGUGAAAUCUUCAAUGAAGAUGAAGAAAACGGAUUUAACUCGCGUAGAAGACCCGUUAUGAUUAAUGACACAUUUGAUGCAAACAAUACCGAUAAUUAUAACAAAUCAUCAUCAAGAGUGCAUUUG